AUGUCACCACCACGUCGCUCCACUACACGAAAUAACAAAAGGGUCAUUCCUGAUUUUUUAAAACGAUUUGGUGGAUCUCAAAAUGCAGUCCCAAAUGCUACUACUGUCCGGUAUAUCGCCGGACCUCACAACGCAUGGGCUACUCUCGUGCCUUCGGAUAAUCGUGGCUUACCGUCUAUUUAUCUAACGGAGAAGAUGAAUUAUUUGGGAAAUCAACAACAACAUAAUGAACCUGUAUUUAGGCGGCUACCGGCUGAUCCCAGAAUAGAUAAUAUCCAUUGUUCCAUUUUCAAAGAACAAGUUGAGGGUAUAGGAACGAUUGUUAAGUUACAAAAUCUUAGUCGAAACGGGGCAAUUAAGGUUUUGGAACGUGAACUAAUGUCAAACCAAUUUUUUGAGUUAAAAGAGGGUGAUUCUAUCAAAUUUCCUUCUUCAAAAGGUGAUUGGUAUAGUUAUUCUAUAGAGAUCGAUUUAAAACCAGAAGGAAGGUUUCACAAUGAUUAUAGGAUUAAAGGUAUUCUUGGAACGGGUCAUUUUGGGGAAGUAAAGUUGGCUACUCUUGCAAAUGCCGUAGGUAAUGAGUCAAAGUUUAAAGAAUAUGCUGUGAAAAUCAUUGACAAAAAUACUGUGUCGAAAAAACCAAACACAAAGCUUCACGACGAAAUUAUUAUAAUGCACAAGAUAGAACACAAAUCUUUAGUUCGUAUCCGUAAUUUAUAUAAUGAACGUGACAAAUUAUACAUUGUUAUGGAUUAUAUUAAAGAUGACAGUUGUUUGAAGCGAUGA